UGGCGUACCCUCCUGGCAGGGACCCCGGCAAGCCGAUCCGGGCCUGCUGCCCCCAUCCGGGGAGCGAGGGUCGGUCGGGCCUGCCUUUGGACCAGGGUCAGGGCUCUCGCUGCUCACAGAUGGCCUGGGGAUUUCCUAGGAUAGAAAUAGCCGCCGGCUCUGGCCCCUUAAAGCUGCUUAAGGGGCUGGUUGCGAAGGGGAGGAUCCGGGCACACCCCCACACGUCCCUGACCGCGCCCCCAGCCCCGACCCGGGCCGAGCUCUGACCCAGGAGACGCGAGCCGCGGUGAUAGACCUCCUCCAGUUGCUUCUAAGAAACAACCGAAGCCAAAAAUCCGGAAGCUGACGAAGUCAUCAUCUUGUCUGUCCCCUCCUCCACUUUUGGGGUCAUCCUAGAGCGGCCCCUUGUGAAGCCCCACGCUCAGCUACCCAGUCCCCACUGGCCCUCCUGAUCCUUCUGCUCAGGAGGGACGCCCGUGGCCCUGGGGGCAAAAGUCAUGAGUGCCCCCCUUUGUGUCCUGGUUCCCCGCAGCAGGUGGGGCGGGGCGGCAGUGGCUGGCUCGGGGACUUGCCACCGCAGGGCUGACUUCUCUCUCUCCUCUAGGGGGAGACCACAGAACCGGAGGCCAUGCCCCACGAAAAGAGUUUCUUGGUGUCUGGGGACAACUAUCCUCCCCCCAACCCUGGAUAUCCUGGGGGCCCCCAGCCCUCCAUGCCUCCCUAUCCGGGGGCCCCUUACCCACAGCCGCCGUUCCAGCCUUCCCCAUAUGGCCAGCCAGGGUAUCCCCAGGGCCCCAGCCCCUACCCUCAAGGGGGUUACCCUCAGGGGCCCUACCCCCAAGGAGGUUACCCUCAAGGCCCCUACCCUCAAGAGGGCUACCCGCAGGGGCCAUAUCCCCAGAGCCCCUUUCCCCCCAACCCCUAUGGACAACCACAGGCCUUCCCGGCACCGGACCCUGGCUCACCUCAGCGUGGAAACUAUCAUGAAGAGGGCCCCCCGUCCUACUAUGACAACCAGGACUUUCCUGCCACCAACUGGGAUGACAAGAGCAUCCGCCAAGCCUUCAUCCGGAAGGUGUUCCUGGUGCUGACCCUGCAGCUGUCCGUGACGCUGUCCACUGUGGCCGUGUUCACCUUUGUCGGGGAGGUGAAGGGCUUCGUCCGGGAGAACGUGUGGACGUACUACGUGUCCUAUGCCGUCUUCUUUGUCUCCCUCAUCGUCCUCAGCUGCUGCGGAGACUUCCGGCGGAAGCACCCAUGGAACCUCGUUGCACUGUCCAUCCUGACCGUCAGUCUGUCCUACAUGGUGGGGAUGAUCGCCAGCUUCUACGACACCGAGGCGGUCAUCAUGGCCGUGGGCAUCACGACGGCUGUCUGCUUCACGGUGGUCGUCUUCUCCAUGCAGACCCGCUACGACUUCACCUCGUGCAUGGGCGUGCUGCUGGUGAGCAUGGUGGUGCUGGUCAUCUUCGCCAUCCUCUGCAUCUUCAUCCGGAACCGCAUCCUGGAGAUCGUGUACGCGUCGCUGGGCGCGCUGCUCUUCACCUGCUUCCUGGCAGUGGACACCCAGCUGCUGCUGGGGAACAAGCAGCUGUCCCUGAGCCCGGAGGAGUAUGUGUUUGCUGCGCUGAACCUGUACACGGACAUCAUCAACAUCUUCCUGUACAUCCUCACCAUCAUCGGCCGUGCCAAGGAGUAGUCCGUGUCUGGGGCCUCGCUCAGGUGGCAUGGCUGGCCUGGGCCCUGCCCCUGGUGUGGCAGUGCCGUCAUACCCCCCCUCUCUCGUCCCUGGGCACAGCCCGGGAGGGAGAGGCCCCUCUCCCACCCACCUGUGUGCGCACUGCAGAUACCUGUCUGGACCCGCUGUGGCCAGCAUGGCCCCUUCUAGCCCUCUGGCCCCGCCACAGGGCAGUGGGGCCAGGUCUCCAUGCCUCCUCCUGCCCACUCACUGUUGCAUGAGCCCUGUCUGCCAGCCCACCCCGGGGUCUGGGGGUGACACCGGGUCCCAGGGGAGAGGGGUCAAGCCAAGAGGUGAGGGUGCCCGUCUCCCCUCCUGUUCCAGCCCCCCCCCCCCACUGCCUGGCAUAGAGAACCCCCUCCCACCCCUCCUCUCCCCCGCCCUGGAGCGCUGCCCUCUGGAGGGCCUGAGGGCUGAGGGUCUUGUCCCUGUGCUGAGCCCUGAGGGCAGAGAGGUUGAGGGUAUUUCCCCGGAGGAGGGCGCCUUCCUCCUGUCUUGCUGUCUUUAAAAUUCCAAUAAACGGGACCUUCUGCUCUCUGCCUUCC